CUUAUGAGGGAUGGGGAGUCGGGGUCGCCAGGGGGACCCGGGGGGGUGCAGGGAGGCCUGCCUGCUUGUGCUUGAGGUCUUUGAGGGUCCCUCCAGGCUGCCUCUCUCUCCCACGCGCCGGCCAGUCCCCACCCACUCCUGGCCGCCGCUUCCCCUUUCGCCCUCUGGGCCCCGCCCGGGCCGCGGCCCCCUCCUCCCGCCGCUUCCCCGCCUGCUGGCCGCCCGAAGCCCGCGCUGCCUGACCAUGGAGCCUCGCAGCAGCCCCCGCGAGCCGCUCCUGCGCACGGAGCCCGGCGAGGACUACCAGGCCGUGGCGCACGCGGACCCUCGCCAGGUGGAGAAGGACUACUACCGGUCUCUCCGGAGCCGGCGGCUGUUCGUGGCGGCCUUGGCGGCCGUUCUGGGCAACUUCUCCUUCGGCUUCGCCCUGGUCUACCCGUCGCCCGUCAUCCCGGCGCUGGAGCGGUCGCAAGUCCGCAGCCUGCAGCUCUCCGAGGCCGCCGCCUCCUGGUUCGGGUCUGUCUUCACCUUGGGAGUUGCUGCAGGUGGUUUGGGCACCAUGUACUUCAAUGAUUGCUGGGGCCGCAAGCUGAGCAUCAUGACCUCUGCUGUCCCUUCCGCCUUCGGAUACCUCCUGAUGGGCAGCGCACAAGAAGUCUGGAUGCUGCUGGUGGGCAGGCUGUUGACGGGCUUUGCAGGCGGCGUGACAUCUGCCUCCAUACCUGUCUACAUUUCCGAAAUCUCUUACCCAGGGAUCCGAGGAGCUCUGGGUUCCUGUCCUCAGAUCAUGGCUGUCUUGGGAGCCCUCACCCUCUACUCUUUAGGCCUUGUCCUUCCCUGGCGCUGGCUGGCCGUGGCCGGGGAGGUGCCGGUCCUCCUCAUGAUCAUCCUGCUGUGCUUCAUGCCUGACUCGCCACGAUUCCUGAUCUCCAAGAGGAAGGACGAUGAAGCCCUGAGCGCCUUGACCUGGCUGCGGGGGCAGGACACUGAUUACCAGUGGGAGUACGAACAGAUCAAAGACAGCGUGAAGGAGCAGAGCAAACCAAUCACUUGGGCUGAGCUGAAAACCCCCUACAUCUACAAGCCAGUGGGCAUUACUUUGCUGAUGCGGUUCUUGCAGCAGCUCUCCGGCAUCACCCCCAUCCUCGUGUACCUGCAGCUGAUCUUUGACAGUACGGCAGUUAUUCUGGCACCACAGUAUGAUGCUGUGCUCGUGGGGGCCGUACGCUUAGUGUCGGUGAUUGUUGCUGCGUCCUCAAUGGAUAAAGCUGGGAGGAAGAUUCUCCUCUACAUCUCAGCUGUCAUCAUGUUUGCCUCCAGCCUAACCCUGGGAUUGUACAUACACUACGUCCCUCUGCACCGCAACACCUCCACAACAGCUGUCAACAGCAGCCACGAGAGUCUUGUCCCCCACCCAGCAAACGGCCUCACCAUCCUUCCUUUGAUCGCCACCAUGUUCUUCAUCAUAGGUUACGCCGUGGGUUGGGGUCCCAUCACCUGGCUGCUGAUGGGUGAGGUUCUCCCCCUGAAGGCACGAGGGAUGGUGUCGGGCCUCUGUGUGCUCGUGAGCUGGUUGACGGCCUUUGCCCUGACAAAAGCCUUUUUGCGGGUUAAGGAGGCCUUUGGCCUGGAAGUGCCCUUCUUUUUCUUCAGCAUCAUCUGCGUGAUAAACCUGAUCUUCACAAAAUGGUUGAUUCCCGAAACCAAAGGCAGGUCCUUGGAGCGGAUAGAAUCAUAUUUCCGGACUGGGCGGAAGUCAUUUCUGGAAUCCCUCCGGCGCCACAGAUAAACUCAUGACAGCCAAUUCAAAAUAGAAGGUCAGGAGGGAGAGUUUUGAGAGCAGCAGGGGAUGACUACAUGUGGUGACUAAUCUCCAAAAGAAGAGGGAUUGCCAGUUUUUCAAUUGGGGGGGGGGGGGUUGAGAGGAAGGAGAAGGCGUUGAAGGAGCUCAUUUGCACCGGUUAACUUGCUGCUGGGCAAGAGCUAGGCAAGCAAAGGUAUCUGCACUGGGAAGCUGGAAUCACACACACACACCCUGCCCAUGGAUCCUGCUUUGACUCUGAAGUCCCCAGGAGGGGGUCUUGGGUAAGCUGCUUCCCCUCUGCCUUGGCCCUCUGCAAAGUGGGAACAACAGUUGUGACCCCCUUCCCCAAACACAUUGUCAGAAAGAUUUCUGAGGGAACUGCCAAGACCCUCAGGUUUUUGAAGCCAUGGUAAUAAUAACCCAAGGGUUACCCGUGGGUGCAGCUGAGCCCUCAGGGCUCCAAAGGACAAAGAUGGCUGAGAAGUCUUUGACAAUCACAUACCUAAACCCCAGAAUAUUCUGUUCUUUGUGACCUGCAAUACGAUUGCCCAGAAAGGGUUCUUCUACAGGUGACUUCUGCUUAUGCGGGGCAGCUCACAGCAAAACUGCUUAUGAGGGCUGAACAGAUCCAUGAACAGAUUUUCCCAAGUAGGGUGUUUUUGAAAAAACAUCCACAAGGAUACACAAGGGAAGGGGUUGUUGAGCGGGGUCUGUUUGCAGAGAUGAAUAGACUGGACUAAUUAAAAGCAUUCUGGGUCAGUCACAUUUUAUGGCACACGAUUGUACACAAAGAAGUCAAGGAACCAAAUAUUUAGUUUUGGAUUUCUUCCUCCCCAAUAAAUUUCGGUUCUGAAAGAA